CGGGUCAGGGUGUUCUUCCCGGCAUGCAUUGCUCGGGAUCGGCAAGUUCGGGGGCUAGCGCGGGGCCGAAGCGGCCUUCCCGGAGUCCUUUGCGCGGCACCUGGCGACAAAAUGGCUGCCCGAGGGAGACGGGCGGAGCCUCCGGGCCGGGAGGCACCGGGCCCCGCGGCGGGCGGCGGCGGCGGGGGCCGAUGGGCUGAGUCGGGGCCCGGGACAUCGCCUGAGAGCGGGGAUGAGGAAACGUCGAACCCGGUGUCGGGCGGCGUGAACUUGUUCGCCAACGACGGCAGCUUCCUCGAGCUGUUCAAGCGGAAGAUGGAGGAGGAGCAGCGGCAGCGGCAGGAGGAGCCGCCCCCGGGCCCGCCGCGACCCGACCAGCCGGCCACCGCCACCGCCGCGGGUCCCGGGGAUCCGAAGAGGAAGGGCGGCCCGGGCCCCACGCUCAGCUUCGUGGGCAAACGCAGAGGCGGGAACAAACUAGCCCUCAAGACGGGAAUAGUAGCCAAGAAGCAGAAGACGGAGGAUGAGGUAUUAACAAAUAAAGGUGAUGCAUGGGCAAAGUACAUGGCAGAGGUGAAAAAGUACAAAGCCCACCAGUGUGGUGACGAUGAUAAAACUCGGCCCCUGGUGAAAUGACUCCCUUCCCCCGCCUGCCCACGGCCUGGGACUCUGCGAUGUACAUAACUAUUUAAUGUGGCGGCAGCGGCGGCAGCCUUUCCCCCCAAGGACUUACACACAGAAGGAAACCGAGAUGCUUCCCUCAGCCGCCGCCGAUCCUCCAGGACUCUUUUUUACCUUGAGCACUUGCCUCCUGAGACUUCACAGAACAGUGGUUUACUGUCGUCUCUCUCCCCUCCUCCCCCCCAACCUCCUCGCUCUCUCUGGCUCUUUGUGUCUUUCUCUUCUCACCCUCCCCUCCUUCCUCCCCUUAGCCAUCACGUCUGGAAAGUAAAGAACUUGACUUAGUGCUGGA